AUGGACAGGUCUUGGUUGAUGGCUGAUAGAAGAACAAAGGAAUUUGAAAGAGGAGUAGAUGAAUUAUUGUUAUUUGCAUUUGAGAACGGCUGUGAUGAAAAUAAAAUCAGUUGUCCAUGUUUAAAAUGUGCACAUAGUAAGUCCUGGAGAGCUCAAACAGUGAGGUGCCAUCUUUUUCAAAAUGGUAUAGAUCAGACCUACACUCAUUGGAUAUGGCAUGGAGAGUUAAAUACCGAAAGCAAGUCUCCUGCAGAAGACACAGCUAGUUCAGAGUCUGUGGACCAAAUCCCGAUCCAACCAGAAAAUGAUGAUAUUGAUGAUGAUAUUUCUUUUGAUUCCGCUGAUGCAUUUAACCAUGUUCAAUCUGAACAUGAACCACUUUAUCCGGGGUGUGAGGGAUUUACGAAGAUGAAGGCUUUGGUAAAGUUAUAUAACUUGAAAGCAAAACACCAAGUAUCAGAUGGUUGCUUCUCUGAACUUCUAUUGUUGGUUGGUUCUAUGCUCCCGGAAGGCAACACCUUCCCUUCUUCAUUUAGUGAAGCAAAAAAAAGUUUGUGCGCUUUAGGAAUGGAGUAUGAAAAAAUUCACGUAUGUCCAAAUGAUUGUUUAUUGUAUCGUGGAGAAAAGGACGAAGAUGAGACACGUUGUCGUGUUUGUCAAGCCUCUAGAUGGAAGUUGAACAAAAAAGGAGAAGAAUUACAAGGGGUUCCGGCAAAAGUUUUAUGGUAUUUUCCGUUGAUACCACGUUUGAGGAAUUUAUUCAGUUCUGCACAAACAGCCAAGGACUUGACUUGGCAUGACACGGAGAGAAUAAAUGAUGGUAAAUUGAGACAUCCAGCGGAUUCAAAGACAUGGAGGGAAGUCGACAGUAAGUGGCCAGAGUUUUCUUCAGAUUCUAGAAACCUCCGCUUAGCUUUACCUUCAGAUGGGUUCAAUCCCUUUUACAGCACAAAUAUUGAUUAUUCAUGUUGGCCAGUUUUAAUGUCAAUCUACAAUCUCCCACCAUGGCUUUGUAUGAAGAGGAAGUAUAUUAUGCUAUGUUUAUUGAUAUCCGGACCAAAGGAACUUGGCAAUGAUAUUGAUGUGUUCCUUCAGCCGCUCAUUGAAGAUUUACAAAAUCUUCGGACUGGAAAACAAGUUUGUGACGCAUACAAGAGGGAGUAUUUCUUGCUGCGAGGCAUUUUAUUAUGGACAAUUAGUGACAAUCCAGCCUAUGGUAACUUGUCAGGGAACAUUGUAAAAGGGUAUAAUGCGUGUCCUGUUUGCGUUGAUGGAACAAAAGCAACGAGGCUGGCUAAUUACCGUAAGUGCGUGGUCAUGAGGCAUCGGAGGUGGUUGCCCCGUGCACAUCCAUAUCGAAGGAAGAAAGAAGAUUUUGAUAACACAGUGGAAAAGGGAACUGCCCCAAUUCCAUUAACCGGGGAGGAGGUUCUUGAGAGAACAAAACAUUUAAAGAGUCAUGUCUUUGGUAAGACAUAA